AUGCCCCCGAAAUCGAAUGGAACCUGCAGUACGGUCGCUGAUAAGGACAGAAAGCUGCGAGAACUCGCUGAAGAAGUCGAGCGACUUCGAGCAGCACAAUCUCACGUUGGAAACAUAUCCCCACCCGCCCCAGACGAUUCCUACUCGCCUUCAAACCACCAAGGAACGGGCUGCACAGCUCCAGCCCCUUUGGAAUCUCAGAGCGGUGCGGCGGCCUCGAACUCUUCUCCUGUCUUGAUCGACUCGCAGCUUCACAACCCACAAGUUCCUGCUCCAGUGCAGCUUCUCCCCGCAGCCGAGUCACGGACAUUAGGCAGCGUAACUCUUUCGCCUGCUCAAAUAGACAGGCUAUUCAAGACGUUCUUUUGCCAAUACCACCCUUUUCUGCCUUUCAUCGAGGGUAGUGGCUCGCCCGACGACUAUCACGCAAAGUCCCCUCUGCUUUUCUGGACUAUCAUUGUCAUCGCAGCGAGAAGAGAUGAGGAGGAACCAAUUCUGCUCACUAGUCUUUCACCGGCUGUGCAAGGCCUCCUGUGGCAGACGGUACCCAGAGUUCCGCAUUCUCGCCCGGAACUGAAGGCGAUGAUCUUACUCUGUCUCUGGCCAUUCCCAACCUCUUCCAUGAGCACCGACUCGUCGUAUAUACUAGCAUCGGUUGCGAAGACCGGUGCGAUGCACAUUGGACUACACAAGCCAUAUUUUGUCCAGGAUUUUUCACGCGUCAAAUUCCGAUUCAGUCCCGAAGAGCUGCGGGAUGCUCUGCUGGUAUGGUCGGCAUGCUUCAUAGCUGCGGAAAAUAUAACGUCCUACAUCGGACAGUUUCCUUUAUUUGUCACGGACGCCACCCUCGACAUGAUCUGCACGUCUGAGAAUCACGGCAAUCUCCCUGUGGAAAUUUACCAAAUGGUUCUCGUCACCCGAUUUUGCAAUCGCUUUCACAGGGUGAUGGCGAGCCGCGAACGACGAAUGGCCAGCCUCGGAGAGAAUGACAACGGAGUCCUGCUGCCUCUGUAUGAGUCUGAACUGAAGGAUCUGCGGUGGAUGCUCGGACCAGACUUGUCCCCCACGAAUGAAAUUGUGUUCCUCUACGCCACCCUCCAGCUCCGGAGUUACUAUUUCCUAGAACGCUCCCACCAUCCAGCACAGAAAGAGUAUAUUCUUAAGGGAUAUCGGGCAGCUCUUCACAUCAUCUGGAAAUGCCAGGGGAGAGAGGUCGAUGUUCGGUUGUUGACCCGCGGGCCGAAGAUAUUCACCCACGCCUUGGCCGUGGCUUGUAACUUUGCGUUGAAAGUCCUUAGGAGUGGCUACUAUUCGCAAUUCGUCGACGUGAACGAGGGAAGCAAAGCGUUCAACCUCGGCGUGGGUCUCGUCAAGAAGUGUUCGAUCGAAGACAACGAUCUGCAAGGGAGAUACUCCAAGAUUCUCGCACAACUUUGGGCAGCCACAGCAGAGCCCGGGGGCCUCCAGCCGGAGCUCAAGGUGAGAAGUCGUCUCGCAGCCAGCCUCCUCCACGACACUCUCUGGAAAUGGCGCGAGAACUUUGGAGGGCAACGAAGUGGUCGAGCCAGCGCUGCCCCUCAAUGCGACAACGGAGGUUCUUCCUCGUUUGUGCCAUUCGCAGGCAGUGGCAAUACAAAUGCCGCAUGCAUAGAAAGAGACGGAGAACAGAACCUCGGUCCAGAUGUCCUCGUUGCUCAGGUCGAUACUGGUUCAAGAGGUCCCAAUGCUCCGGGCGCACCCCGUCCCGCGUCUGCGUGGCUCGAAGAACUAGGGGAGAUGGACAUGGGGUUAGUCGAGGAGACCAACUACCAGUGGUUUUGGAACCAUGGCGGAAUCUCGACUUUGAUGGCGACGGACCUAGAAGGCAUGGAACUGCCCCCGGAUUACAUCUUCAACAACCAGCGAGGGCAGGAGCCUCCGGACUAG